GAAAAAAGGGUUUGGGGGGUAGUUAAUAGUUAUGCCCAAAAACGUGUAUAUUAUAUAAACAAACCAGUCCUCCACUGUCUCUCCGUCCAUUCAAUAUAACACGCAGUAGCAGUGAGGACUGAGGAGUGAAAAAAUCAUACUUGAGAGAGAGCGAAGUUAUGGUGACCUUCAUACACCUUAUAACUACGUUAUUGUUUCUCUCAGCCACCGUGAGCUCCUGUCCACCGUCGGACCUUGAGGCGCUCUUGGCCGUCAAAUCCUCCCUCAAGGAACCUUACUUGAAAAUCUUCAACACAUGGACAGGCGCUCAAUGUUGCAGCAACUGGUUCGGAGUCAGCUGCGACCCCACAACUGGCCGAGUCGCCGAUCUGACUCUUCGCGGCGAGUCCGAGGAUCCGAUUUUCCAAAAAUCAGGUCGUACCGGGGGUUACAUGACUGGUUCUAUUGACCCCGCCAUCUGCCGCCUUGACAAGCUUACUACACUUAUUGUCGCAGAUUGGAAGGCUGUCUCCGGCCAAAUCCCUACCUGCAUUGCCACUUCUCUCACUUCUCUGCGAGUCCUCGACCUCGUCGGGAACCAGAUCUCGGGGAAUAUUCCGGCCGACAUCGGUAAUCUCCAGAGCUUAGCAGUCCUCAAUCUCGCCGACAAUCAGAUCUCUGGUGGGAUCCCGGCGUCGAUUGUUAAACUGAAAAGCUUGAAGCAUCUAGAUCUUGGCAACAACAAGAUUUCCGGCGGAAUCCCUGCUGAUUUCGGGAACUUAGUAAUGCUGAGUCGAGCGUUACUGAAUCGGAACCAACUCACCGGUCCAAUACCGAGUUCAAUCGGUAAGAUGUACAGAUUAGCGGAUUUGGACUUGGCAAUGAACCAAAUCUCCGGGUCAAUUCCACCCGAGUUGGGCAAAAUGCGGGUCCUCUCGACCCUGAACUUGGAUAGCAACCAGAUUUCGGGUCAAAUACCGCCCGCUUUAUUGAGUAACUCAGGCAUGGGUAUUCUCAACCUAAGCCGAAACGCACUUGAAGGAAAUAUACCGGAUGUUUUCGGUUCGAAUUCUUAUUUCAUGGUACUUGAUUUGUCGUACAAUAACUUGAAGGGUCCAAUACCCGGUUCGCUGUCGUCGUCGAAGUUUGUGGGGCACUUGGAUUUGAGCCAUAACCACCUUUGCGGAUCCAUCCCGAUCGGGUCGCCGUUUGACCAAUUCGAAGCGCCGUCGUUUGCUAACAACGAUUGUUUAUGCGGGAACCCAUUGAAGACAUGCUAGUUGUUUCGGUUCGGCCGGUAUAUUAACAGUCCUCUUGUUGUAUGUGUUAAUUUUGUGCACGUAUAUGUUGUAAUAUUUUAUUGUGUGUGUUUAUGAUUAAUUAAUGUGAUUCCAAAAGCAAAUACUCUAAGUUGAUAAGGACAAGAACACAGUAGUAGUCUGCCUGCAUGCAUGUGAAAACUCAAAUCCUGAAUGAACCUGAUCCAUGGACACCAUCAUUGUGGUGGUAAAA